ACCUCUAAAGAUUUCUGCUUUAACGGACCAAUCAAUCUCUUUCCAUGGCUUUCCUCCCCAAACUGCGAUUACUAGUAGUCAUUAAAACCCUAAUUAAGGCUUCCAAAUUCCUCCCAUCUGUCCCACUCUUUCAAUGCUUAUUAAUGCUCACACAAAUUGGGUUGUAGAUCCAACACAUGUCAGUUUUUGGUCUCCUAUCUGUCAACACCUCGCACUAAAUCUUCUCUCUUCCAUUUCUGUAUGAUUCCCCCAUAAAUACGCAUCUCAAUUUUCGGACUUCAUAUAGCGAGAACCUGUUCGUAAAGGGUCCGAUUGCAUGCGCUGGGUGCGAAUUCCGGCCCUGUAAGGGAUUCAAUUUGGCUAUUACAAAUGGCGCCGCCGUUGUGUGUAUUGGUGACUGGUGGUGCCGGAUAUAUAGGGAGCCACACCGUGUUGCAGUUGUUAUUAGAUGGUUACAACACGGUCGUAGUUGACAAUCUUGAUAAUUCCUCAGAAGUCGCUAUAAGUCGAGUUCAAGAACUCGCCGGUGAUCGAGCUCACAACCUGUCGUUUCACAAGAUGGACGUCCGGGAUAAGCCUGCAUUAGAGCAGCUUUUUGCCUCCACGAAGUUUGAUGCCGUUAUACAUUUUGCUGGAUUAAAGGCAGUCGGUGAAAGUGUGGAGAAACCCUUGAUGUAUUACAACAACAAUAUCAUUGGUACUUUAACUCUCUUGGAAGUUAUGGCUGCCCAUGGAUGCAAGAAGCUUGUGUUUUCAUCAUCGGCUACUGUUUAUGGUUGGCCGAAGGAGGUGCCAUGCACAGAAGAGUUUCCCUUAGCUGCAGCCAACCCUUACGGACGAACCAAGCUGAUCAUUGAGGAGAUAUGUCGGGAUAUAUAUGCUUCGGAUCCAGAGUGGAAAGUUAUAUUGUUGCGGUACUUCAACCCAGUGGGUGCACAUCCUAGUGGUCGAAUAGGCGAAGAUCCUCAUGGAAUCCCCAACAAUCUUAUGCCUUUCGUUCAGCAAGUUGCUGUUGGCAGGCAACCUGCACUUCAAGUGUAUGGAACUGAUUACUCCACAAAGGAUGGAACCGGGGUACGCGAUUACAUCCAUGUUGUAGAUUUAGCAGAAGGACAUGCUGCUGCAUUGAGAAAACUCUCUCAUCCUGAAAUAGGCUGUGAGGUUUACAACUUGGGGACAGGUAAAGGGACAUCAGUUUUGGAGAUGGUAUCAGCAUUUGAAAAGGCUUCAGGAAAGAAAAUCCCUCUGGUUAAGGGCGAGCGACGCCAUGGUGAUGCAGAGAUCGUGUACGCGUCAACGGCAAAGGCCGAACGUGAAUUGAACUGGAAGGCAAAGUAUGGAAUAGAGGAGAUGUGUAGAGACCAGUGGAAGUGGGCAAGCAACAAUCCUUAUGGCUAUAAAACCAAAGGCUGAUCAUAGUUGGGAUUGGGAAGUAAAAGUAACAGUGAAAGUAAAAAGUAAUUAGUAAAAGUGUAGCUUAAUGUACAUGAGAUUUAAGAGAUGUUUCCAUAGUUUUCCUCAGUAAAAGCUUCUUGUUUUCCAUCUUUUAUAUCAUCUACUAGAAUGAGGGGAAGGUUUCAUCAUAGAGCAUGAAGCUUGGGUGAACCGGUCAAACCUUGUAGUGGUCUCGGUUCGGACCAGUCUUUUAAGGGUGUGUUUGGUAUGUAGACUGGACAUGUAAGAGUAAGGUAGGUGAAUGAAAGAAUUCAACUGAGUUUUAAGGAUUU